AUGGAUUGGGAUUGGUUUUAUGAGUUCCUGAAGGGUAUGAUCAAGCCAGUGGCUGCCCUUGCGGUGGUUCUCAUGGCAGUGUUCUUGUCUUUCAUGCAAAAGUUGGGUUUGGAAAAAGAGAUGGUUUAUUCUAUUUUCAGAGCUUUUCUUCAGCUUUCUGUGAUUGGUUUUGUUCUUCAGUUCAUUUUCAAUCAGGAGAACAGUGGGUGGAUCGUUCUUGCUUAUCUUUUCAUGGUUUUUGUUGCUGGAUAUACAGCUGGCCAACGUGCUAAACAUGUGCCUCGCGGGAAGUACGUUGCUGGAGCAUCGAUCCUCGCUGGAACAGCAGUGACCAUGCUUGUUCUUGUUGUACUAAACGUUUUCCCUUUCACUCCGCGAUAUAUUAUCCCUGUAGCAGGAAUGAUGGUUGGAAAUGCAAUGACAGUAACCGGAGUCACAAUGAAAAGACUUCGAGAUGAUAUCAAGAUACAAAUGAACCUGGUGGAGACAGCUUUGGCUCUUGGGGCAACUCCGCGUCAAGCAACUCUAGAACAAGUGAAAAGGGCCCUAGUCAUUGCACUCUCUCCAGUGUUGGACAAUGCCAAAACAGUGGGUCUUAUCUCACUUCCAGGGGCGAUGACUGGCCUCAUUAUGGGUGGCGCUUCUCCACUAGAGGCAAUUCAACUGCAGAUUGUUGUGAUGAACAUGCUAAUUGGUGCCACUACUGUUAGCAGCAUCAUGUCAACAUACCUCUGUUGGCCUGCCUUCUUCACAAAAGCAUACCAGUUGGAGACAAAGGUGUUCUCUUCAGAUUGAAGGUUUCAAUGGUUUCACAUUUUGCAGUGAGAAAUUGUAAAAUAUAUUUAAAGAUUCAUCCUUCUUUUUCCGUAUGAUUAAUUUCAGAUGCAUAAGUUUUUUGAUAUAGAAAACCUAGCUACUUCCACACCAAGAUUGAAUCCUGAAGUCAAUCAGGUGGGAGAUACUGAUAUCACAAUUAGGAUCAAAACUAAACCACAAAGAUCAAAUCCAUGGAUAGAAAAUGGCGCAGACAACUGUUAAAAAGGGUCGCAUUUGACAAUUUCCACUCGUAUUUCAAGUAAUUAACAUUAAAUGUCCAAACAACUAGUACAGUAAUUUGCAUUUGGCUCUCAGAUAUCCCUGGAGGAAACUGGAAACCUUACAAUUUACCGCCAUCUACAGUUUAACUAAAUGUAUAUAACAGACA